AUGGAGUUGGAUUUGGACUUGCUGCGGAGACAGGAGGAAGCCGACCCGUAUCAAACCACUCGCGAACUGACAGUCGCUCUUGGGCUUGGGCUCAUAGCCACCGGGGAUGAGAAGUGGAUUUCCUAUUCUAACAUUCACCGGCGUGCCCAAUGGGUAGACAAAGGAACGGAUGCAGAAGACGUCCCUAAACUCAACGCACACGCCAAAAAGGUUAUGCUCUGCAUCUGGUGGAGCGUACACGGGGUUGAAUACUGGGAAGUGCUCGCUGAGGGAUGUACAGUGACCGCAGACGUCUGCGUUGAGCAACUGAGAAAUGUGAAGACAAAUCUCGAAAAUGCACGCUCGCAGCAGCGCAAAGUCUACUUCCAAGGCUCCAUUCUGGCGCAACGUCCAGCGAAGCGCGUUCGUCUUAGUUCUGUCAAUAGCCUGGACGAGUACAGUUUUGUCCCGUACAUCACUGAUAUAGGCGAUACACAAAUGAAUAAGCUGAAAUCGGAACAAAAGGCUAAGAUAAAGAAUUUUGUGACAUGGACUCAAACCAGCGAACAAAUAGCCUAUACAUGUCUUUCGAGAGCCAACUGGAAUAUGGAAUAUGCUGUCGACCUUUUCUAUCAGAGUCCGCGAAUGGUUCAACAACAACAACAGCAACCUCCUGUAGACAAAUAUAAACUUGAAAAGAUGUUCUCAGCUUAUGCAAAUGAUCCGCGAGAUGAUGUUGGUUCUGGACGAAUUGGUCCUAAUGGAAUGCUUCGCCUUCUCAAUGACCUUCAGUUGGAUCCUGCCGAUCGACGUGUUCUCAUUCUUGCUUGUAAACUUAAGGCACAAACACAAUGCGAAUUUAGUUGGGAAGAAUGGCAGCAAGGACUUUCUGCACUUAGAGUGGAUUCCCUCGAUAAGCUUCGUGAACGCUUGCAAGAAUUGGAUGCAGAGUUAUCUGAGCCAACAGCUUUUCGUGAGCUGUACUCGUUCACAUUUCUCUAUGGCAAACUCAGCAGUCAACGUAAUCUCGAUUUGGAAACAGCUCUAGCGUACUGGAAGAUAUUGUUCAAGGACAAGUUCCCUCUACUAUCACUUUGGGAAGAAUUCCUACUAGCAGAACACGGCAAGGCUAUCUCACGUGACACAUGGAAUCUUCUGCUCGAUUUCUGCCUAACGAUUCGACCAGAUCUCACAAACUAUGAUGACGAGGGUGCUUGGCCUGUACUUAUCGACCAGUUUGUUGAGUACGCGCGCGAAAAGCUGGGCCUCCCACGACCCGAUCCAGCUGCCAUUGCAUCUUAG